GUUGAGGAGGACUUUUUUCCAGGUAACAAUUCACGUUAAUGUCUAACCCAGCUUGUUUAUUGUCGUCGUUAGUUUCAACAAGAAGGUGAACACGAAAAGAUUAAUCAACGGCAACAAAACACCAAUCCAUUGAAAAGUUGUAUCAUUUCAAUUUGAACAACUUUUCUCUUUUUUUUUAUCAUCGAACUUGUCUUUUUUUAAAAAUUCAUUUUUCACUUGUUUGUUUUGUGAUCAUCUUUACCCAUUGAGUAUUGGCCUUUCAUCUGUCAACGCUUUACCCAUUUACAUCAUUGUCAUCAUUUACCCUUUACCCACAAUGAUAAGAUUUUCCAUAUUAAUAUUGAGCUUUGCCUCGAUUGGUCUUUGCUCUGAUUACAAUGACAUUGAAAGACCGCCUCAUUCAGGUCCACCUUAUGGAACUGAUUAUUCACCAGAAUGUGCUUUAAUUGUAUCAAGGAGUAAACCCUAUUCACCUGACCAUGAGCCAAUCAAAAUGUCCCCUGGACUUCAUUAUAUUUCUAAUUAUGCUCCAAGAUUGAAGCGCUCUUCAUAUUAUCCAGGAGAGGGUCAAAUCUGUAUCACAUACGAGGACAUCAACCGAGCUGUCCAUGAAGCCAAAGUACGACUUGGAAGUUAUGUUCCAGAAGAGAUCAAAGAAUUAUCUUCUGAUUUACCCAAAGAAAGUCACAUUUCAGUUUCAGCGGAAAUUGUUCUCGAAGCCACUCGAAUCUUAGCCCAAUGGUAUGACCUUUCCAAGGAGACAAUCCUCUUUGGACUUCCUCGUAUCGACACUUAUCGAACUGCCAUCCGAGACAUUUGUCCUUCCUUCUUGAAACCAGUUAAAUGUGAAAUCUCCAAAUAUCGUACUUUAACCGGAAUGUGCAACAACUUGGACUAUCCAUCAUGGGGUUCAGCUCGUUCCGCAAUGGUCAGAUUCUUGCCUCCUGCCUAUGCUGAUGGUAUUUCUGAGCCGCGACGAUCAGCCGAUGAUGAUUCUGAGCUUCCAUCACCACGUUUGGUUUCCUUCAUUAUCCAUCAAGAUGUUUCCGAACGUGAUCAAUAUAUUACUAAUUUGUUAAUGGCUUUUGGGCAAUUGAUUGAUCACGACAUGACUUUUGGAGCAACCGCAACAAACGAAUUUGGCGAUAUCUUGAAAUGUUGUGAAGAAGAAGAUUCAUCUCAUCCAGCUUGUUUACCCAUCAAAGUACCUCGUGAUGAUCCUUUCUACAAAUUUUUCAAGCGAACCUGUAUGAGCUUUGUUCGUGUUCUUGCCGGUCUCAAACCAGGCUGUCCAUUGGGUCCUCGAGGUCAAAUUAAUGCCAUUUCAGCCGUUCUAGAUGGUAACUUCAUCUAUGGUUCAUCUCAAGAAGUAUGCCAAAAAUUGAGAGCUCUUAAGGGUGGUCGACUCAAGACAACCGCCAUGUACAAAGAAUUAGGUCUUAAAGAUUUACUUCCAAUGAAAACAUCUGAUCCUGAUAAGGGUUGUGAAAGAAGUGGUCGACCUCGAAACAUGUUCUGCUUCGAAGCUGGAGAUAGACGUGCCAAUGAACAGCUUGGUAUUACCACUUUACACACCAUUUUCAUGAGAGAGCACAAUCGUAUUGCUGACUAUCUUGCAUUUGCCAAUCCACAUUGGGACGAUGAAACUGUUUUCCAAGAAACACGAAGAAUUGUUGUCGCUGAGAUUCAACACAUUACAUUCAAUGAAUACCUUCCAGUACUCUUAGGUCGUGAAAAAAUGUCCAAAUAUGGUCUAGAUUUGGUUGAAAACGAUUUCUACAAUGGUUAUGAUCCAAAAAUUAAUCCAGGAAUGAGACUUGGUUUCCAAGCAGCUGCCUAUCGUUUUGGUCACUCAAUCCUUCCCGAUGUCAUUGAAAGAUACAACAAAUAUCACGAUAAAAUUGAAUCAAUUCGCUUGUCCCAAUUACUUUUACAGCCUUAUGAGCUCUACAAACCUGGUUACCUUGACUCAUUUAUUUUGGGUUUGGUUAACCAACAGGCCAACAGAAUGGACCCGGAAGUUUCCACUGAAGUAACUAAUCAUCUUUUCGAGAAACCUGGAGAUCAUUUUGGUGCAGAUUUAGCUUCAAUCAACGUUCAACGAGGACGAGAAGUUGGAUUACCCGGUUACAAUGCUUACCGAGAAUUCUGUGGACUCAGAAAAGCUAAAGGAUUCUAUGAUCUUAUUGGAACCUUCGACAACAAAACUGUUCACAGAAUGGCCAGUAUUUACAAACAUGUUGAUGAUAUUGAUUUAUGGUCAGCCGGUGUUGCUGAAUAUCCAGCUCCUGGAUCACUCAUUGGACCUACUUUCGCAUGUAUAAUUGGUGAACAAUUUGCCAAUCUUCGACGAGGUGAUCGUUUCUGGUAUGAGAAUAGCGGUUGGCCAUCAUCUUUGUCUCUUGAACAACUUAAUGAAGUUCGUAAAGUUAAAUUAGCCAAAUUAUUAUGUGACAAUGCUGAUGACAUUCAAACAAUUCAACUUUAUCCACUUCUUAUGCCUGAUCAUCAUUCAAAUCCUUAUGUUGAAUGCCGUGAUCUUCCAGCUAUGGAUCUAUCUGUUUUCAAUGAUUAUUCAUACAAAUCAAAAGCAAAAGCAGCAGCAGCAAAAGCUCGUGGUGCCUAAACACUAGCGAGAUAAUACAAAGUGCCCAACUGAUUUUACAAAUCAAGUCAAAUUCACCUCAAAUUUCAUCCUUUCUUCUUUUCCCUUCUCACUUUCAUCUCUUUUCUGUCCUCUCAGUCCAUUCUGGAUACCAUAUCUUCACGGCUUCUUCAGCUUUUUUUCAUUCUGAGCCAGUCGAGGUUUUGUUAAACUUCGCCUGGCAAAAUCGUUGCCAAUUUCUUAUUUUAUUACUUCGCAUUACCAUCAAAAUCAUUAUUAUUAUUAUUGUUGUUACAACCACUUGCCAUGUUAACAACCAUCAUCGUUAACAUUGUCACCAUUAACUUUGUCACUCGAUAUUUGCUACUCAUAUUCACACAUCUUCAUUUUCAUUAUCACCAACUCCAUACUCAUUCGCACAACAAUCACUUUAAUCAAAUUACAAAUUCAUUUUUUUGCAUAUUUCAUCCAAGCCAUCACAGCCUGUAGCAGAAGUGAUCAGGACAAGUUGACAGUUUAAUGAAAUGGCGAUAUUGAUGGCAAAACUACUAAUAAUGAAGAUGAUGCUAAUUAUAUUGAUAGACUAAAACAAAGGUCUAAUUAGAUAAGCAAAGAAGAGUUUGAGAAAAGCCAACCAACAUUAAUAGUUAUUAGAUUAGCUAUUAAUUUGUUUUCAUAAAAAUAUUAAUUUCAGUCUUCCAAUGUAAAUAUUUAAUUCUUUUCAUCAUCUUCCAUUCAUCCAUUCACUCAUUCACUCACAGGUCUACCUUUUUCUUCCUUUUGUGUCUUACUUUGUGCCUUUGUGAUAUUCACACAAUUAAAGCCUCAAGGAAACAACCAAUCGUACUGAUAACUGAAUCAAAUGCGUUUGUAUUUUGUGGUCUUCAAGGAACAUCUUUUCAUCUUUGGAUUCAAAACAAUCAAGCCACAUUUUUAUUUUUCAAUAUUGUAUUAUCAAUAUUAACAUUAGCAAUCUCUCUUUUUUUCAUAAUAAUUAUUGUCAAAACUGAAAUGAUCAAAAAAAUCAAUCUGACAUAUCUGUAAUAAUUAUACUUUACAUUUGGUUUGAUUUUUGAUAAUCAUGUUUAAACAUUGCCCAUUGUUAUAUUAAAUCAAUUGCUCAUUGUAACUCGAUAACAGAUCAUGAUGGUAAUCAUUUGAUACUGAAUUAUAACAAACUAUAACUUUGUGCUAAUGUGGCAAUUGAUUUGGUCAAUUGAUUCCAUGAUUAUAUUACAAAUGUUUGCUUUUUCAAGGAAUAAAAUUUAAUAAAACUCAA